UGUUAUUGCGCAUUCUUGCCUUCUUUACGGUAAUCCUGACAGCGGAUCCGGUUGUCAGCUGAUCCUCCGUUACGGGGCGAGUGAGGAGGAGAAUCAGCUGAAACGAAACACCGCCGGGUACCUAAAACCAUGGCCGCGGAGAUCCACUCGAGGCCCCAAACCGCCAGACCGAUUCUUUUGAACAAGAUUGAGGGCCACUCGGACACUGUCAACUCGGCCGUUUUAAUACCGAAAGAAGAUGGAGUGAUCACCGUGAGCGAGGACAGAACGAUCCGGGUUUGGCUGAAGAGGGACAGCGGUCAGUACUGGCCCAGUAUCUACCACACGGUGUCCUCUCCGUGCUCUUGCAUGUCGUACCACCACGACAGCAGACGCAUCUUCAUAGGCCAAGACAACGGAGCGGUUGUGGAGUUUCUCAUCUCUGAAGACUUCAACAAGAUGAGCCAUGUCAAAACGUAUCCAGCCCACCAGAACCGUGUGUCAGAUAUGGUGUUCUCCCUGGAGAGUGAGUGGGUGGUGAGUACCGGCCACGACAAGAGUGUGAGCUGGAUGUGCACCCAGAGCGGCAGCAUGCUGGGGAGACACUACUUCACCGCCUGGGCCUCCUGCCUACAGUAUCCUUCAUUCACACUCUGUGUAGGGGCGCCAACAGGUCAGACCAUUAGGCUGUCCCUCAAUAACUGCCUUCAAUAACCCUUCUUUCAAACAUGUGCUUCUUUGUCUCCAGGAAGUAUAGCAGCCCUGUGGUGGGACCCCGUCCAGAGGCUGCUGUUCUCGGGGGCAGCCGACCACAGCGUCAUCAUGUGGGACAUCGGGGGCCGCAAGGGACGGACAUUACUGUUGCAGGGACACCACGAGCGCGUUCAGGCAAUACGUUUCCUGCAGCUGACCAGGCAGCUGUUGUCGUGCUCGGCAGACGGAGGCAUCGCGGUGUGGAACAUGGACACACAAAGAGAAGAGGCCCCCCAGUGGUUAGACAGCGACUCCUGUCAGAAGUGUGAGCAGCCUUUCUUCUGGAACAUCAAGCAGAUGUGGGACAGUAAGACCCUGGGGCUCAGGCAGCACCACUGCAGAAAGUGUGGAAAGGCUGUGUGUGGGAAAUGUAGUUCUAAACGCUCCACAUUCCCAAUCAUGGGCUUCGAGUUCCCUGUGAGGGUGUGUGAUGCCUGCUUUGAUACCAUCAAAGAAGAAGAUCGAACAGCAUUGGCUACAUUCCACGAGGGGAAACACAACAUUGCCCACAUGGACAUGGAUCCGUCCAGAGGCCUGAUGGUCACCUGUGGAAGCGACCGCAUUGUGAAGAUCUGGGAUAUGACGCAGGUGGUUGGCUGUAGCUUGGCAACAGGCUUCUCUCCGCGCUGAUUGGCCGAGGCCCACUGCAUGGUCCUCCUCUUCCUCUACAAUCCCCCCUCCGCUCUGUGCUCCGCCCACUCUUCCAAUGUCAUGGAAACCCCUCUGUACAGUAUAUCUCCCCUCUACGCUGGGGAUUGUCAGCUACAACGAGGCCUGCUCUCAGUGAACGUGUGUGUGUGUGUGUCUGUGUGUGUGUGAGUGUGUGUGUGUCUGUGUCUGUGUGUGUGUGAGUCAAUGGUGCUGCCCUCCACUUUCCUUUAGCUCAUAACUAAUUUGUCUAUCAUGUCUAACUGUCCGUCCCACCUGUGAGUGGGUGUGGCUUCAAUCUGAGACAGACCCCUAAGCACAAAGAGGUGUGUGUGUGUGUGUGUGUGUACGUAUGUGUGUGUGUGUAUGUACAUGUGUGCAUGUAUUGUGACGACGCCUCCUGUUGGAGGACUGCUGUUAGUGUUUACAUUAUGAUAAUAUUUCCAAUGCUUUUUCUGACUGAGGUCAUUUUUUAUUACCCUUGCACUGUAAAGUUCACUAAGUCGCCACCCCCCCCCCCCCGUACAAACAGACUCUUGCUUCUUAUUGUUGCCCGUUACCUGCAUAUAAGUCACUGUAACAUGUACAAACCCCCAAUCAUGUGUAUAUAUCUCCUGCAUUGUAUGUAUUGUAGAUAGCUGCUUGAAUUAACUCUCACUGAUCAAAGUGAUCAGUUUGCUCUCCUCUUUGUUAGUUGAUUUUCUUUCACUAGUUGGCCUUAAAUCACUCUCAGGAGGUUUAUUAUCGUCGGUCACCAGGUGGGGGCUGCACGGUCGGUCACCAGGUGGGGGCUGCACGGUCGGUCACCAGGUGGGGGCUGCACGGUCGGUCACCAGCUUGGGGUUGUUAUAUCACGUCAGUCGUAACCUUUAUUCGUUCUUGUUUUUCCUCAAAUCGACAAAUGGAACAGCUUCUUCUGAAAUCUCUUUUUCACUGAAAAAAGACGCUCCCGUAGAUAUUGGUUGAACUUCUGUUUGCACGGCAGCUCCGACCCAGGAAAUUAGAUGUCGUUACCAUAGUAACCUGUACUAACAGAGACAUUAUUAAAUAUCCUGUCCAGGCAUGUGAAGUGAUGAGGUUAUCACGAUAAUUAACACAUAUAAUUGUUAUCUUUAAGUAAAAAUGUAACUACUAUUUGACUGCGUUGAAAAUGAAGGAUAUCUUUUAAACCAAAUGAAUUAUGAAUCUCUAGUUUGAUCUUGCAUUUUAAGAGAGCACGGCUGGUACGCACUCUUGCAUUUUUCCGUUUCAACACUUAAUGCAUCGGGGCCUCUAAUCGAGAGCUGCUUUUAUUGGUCAGAACAUGCAGCAACACCAGGCUAGUAAAAGGCAUUGGCCUUAAACUGGGUCCUAGGUACCUAAUAUUGUUUUUAGUUUAGCGCAAAUUGUAAGCAAACUCCCCCCCACACACACACACUGCCUAAAUUGCACAAAUAUGUUGGCAACAUAUUUGCCAGAUACAGCUCCCUACAAUGUUUAGAAUUUGGACUGCAGUACCCAUUUUAAACACUAGGUUGUCGGAGCUACAUAUUGCCCCUUUAUAAUUGGGUUACUGGUUUGUAAAGCUUCUCAGCCCCCUUGUGGCUAAACUGAGUAUUACAAACCUGUUUUCUGUAUUGGUGUUUUUCCUCUCUCGCCUCUCAGAUACCGAUCUUAUAGUUCUAAAAAUAGCCCAGCAUCACCCCCUCCUAUAAAUCAUCACUCUCUUUAAAACUCUGUGUAGGUAGAUACCACACUCGUGAUUCUGAUGCCUCGUGCCGCCUACUUGUCUGUAUUUUCCUGAAUAUAAAUAAUUCGUUUGUGGAGUCAAAUUGGAUUUCGUCCCCGUAAAAGGCACUUAACAGGAAGGUACUCUAAAGUCAAUGUAGCACUAAAAGCUGAAUCGCGCUGCCUGUGUUCCUUCAAAUGCCUUAAAGAGCGAAGGACACACACACACAGACACACACACACACACACAGAGCCUUUUUAGUCAGUAUAUCCUUUUCCGUGCUUACGACUGUUCACUUGCGCUCAUUCACUCUCCUGCUCUCACCUCUUUCUGGAGCUGUCUCCUUCCCUCUCUGUAACUCGGCUCCUCACUCUCCUUCUCCCCCCCCCCACACACACACACACACACACAUCUGUUCAUCAAGGAUGUCUCAUACCGCUCUCAUCAACAUGCACUGAAUUGCACAACUCUUUGUCUUUGACUCUGACUCAAAGAUCAUUUUUGUAAGUUCAUAUUUGGGAGGGAUACUUUGUUGAUUCGAUGUAGCGUCCGUGUAAAUAUCCGCGUGUAUCCUGUAAUGUUAGACUCAACGCUUGCCUUACUGUGAGUGGGAAAACGAGCAUUAUAUUGUCCAUUUCAAAAUGUAGUCACAUUCCAGGUUUAUGAUCAUGUAGUGUAUAUUUAUAUUUGUAGUAAAGUAUUUAUCUGUUCUCACAGUGGUUCACUUGUCUCUGUUCCCGUCAUGAGAUCCUCGUUAAACACACUAAAUCAUUUUCAACCCUUUUUAAAGAAGCACAUCCAAACACUCAUUGGUCAGUAUUUACAUCCCAACAUGGACUGAACACUCAAAUAUUCAGAGUUCGACUGAAACACCAAGAUUUAGUAUAAAGGAUAACGAUCCACCCAAGUGGACACGCGAGGAACUGCAGCUUGUUGCACUUCCACAUCGGCUCCUUGUGUAUUUAAUAAUAAAAAUACUGAUUAGUUGACACCUAAUACAACUUAACUAACGCAGGCGAGCAGAUAUCCUGGUCCAACUCAUGUCACAAAGCUCCAUGAAGGAUCAACAGGGUAACCGACGGAGCUAUGGAAGCUUUGUCCAAUCAGAACUCCUCAUUAUGUCCUUGUAAGUUAUGCAUGCGGUGAUGAAAGCCGUUUCUGAUUCUGCAAGAUUUACUCCGCAGCAGAUACACCAGAAGGUGAAUUCCUCACGUCAUAAUGGUCGACAUUAUUCCUUCAUGUUUGUAACUCCACAUCGUCACUUUGUUUAGAUCGCCCGUCAUUUCAAACUCUCGUCAAUGGAUUUGUUUGGUCGCCGUCGUCUCUUCCAGAUGCUUGUGAGAGACGCUCGCUGUUCCAACACAAUGUUGUUCAUGUGUAUCUCUAAAUAAAUGUAUUUUUAAAUACUUUUGUUGACGGUACAGAACUGACUUUAGUCUCUGUGUGUGCUCGAGACGCAGAGGAAAUACUCACUGCUUAAUAAAGAUGUACUGAUCUGUU